UGAUUUAUUUACGAAAAUGCUAUUAGAUAAACAAAUUAGAUGAACUUGUAUUUUCUCAAUAAAUCUUGCCAUUGUUACAAUCGAGUACAACAUCGAAAUUUAGUUGUCACAUAUCUCAACUCGUAUUGAGAUAUCACACCCUCUAUUUUGAACAAGUUCAGAUAAAUUUAGAAGUAUUUCUUAAUUAACAAUCUGUACCUUCAUUAUACAAGUAAUAAUUUAAUUAUGUUGCUCUACCCCAAAAAAUGUUACCCUCCCAAGAAAAGUAAAAAAAAAAAGUGUAGAAAGCGGCUGUGAGGAAAUCCAAGGAAAACGGUUAGAUUCCCAUUGAAUGAGGUCAUAAAUCCUGAGUAAACGCACGUUUAUGACUACUUGACACCUCACUCCUUUCCCUCGUAAAUCUCAAACCUAUAAAACGACACCGUCUUCUCCGCCGUGCUAUCUUUGUCUUUUUUUUGAAAUUCCCAUUUUACCCUCUUUUCUCUCCCUCAUCAACUUUAAAUUCCAGGGUCAUUUUGGGAAAUCAAAAAAAUUCUCUCUCCUAAAAUUACCCCCUCCUCUGAAAAAGUCAUGUGCCAACUGUGCUCUGUUUAUAGUCCUUUGCUCUGUUUCUCCUCUUCAACUCCACUAUCUUCCUGCCACAUUGUGAAUGCACCAUUUACGACGUCGUUUUCCAUAUUUGUACAAUUUGCAGGUACUAGCUUUAGACUCUACUACUAGUAGCAGCUGAAAAUAUGGUUGAGCUUAUUUUGCCAAGUUUAUACAACAAAAACAAUUAAAACUUUUUAAAUAAAUUUCUUAAAGAGGAAAAAAUGGCGGAGCAGCCGAUGCCAAAGUCACCUCCUAGUUUGUACGCCAAGCGCCGCCACCAAGCCAAACUUCAGGUUUUGGAGAGAGAAAUUGGUUUUCUUGAGGAAGAGUUGAAGUCACUUGACAACGUUCAACCUACUUCUAGAAGCUGCAAAGAGAUCAAUGACUUCGUAGCAACAAAACCAGAUCCCUUGAUAACUGUAAAUCAGCAGAAAUCUAGUCAGUCAGACUGUUCGUGUUCAUGGAGAAUCAGUGGAUGCAGUCGAUCAGAUAAGGAGCAUCAUGAUCAACAACCACGAAAAAGUUGCUGUUGCUCGAGGAAGAGUUGUUGUCGUCCUAAAUGUUGUGGCAUAAAAGGUUGUUCAUGUUUCCCUCAGAAUUGUUGCUUAUUCAAGUUGUGCUCUAGUAAUUGUUGUUGUAAGGUAAAACUUUGCCACAAUUGUGUACCAAGCUGUUGUGGUUCUUGCUGCUGAAA